AUGCUUUCAUUAUCUCACCUUGCAGUCCUCGGACUCAGCCUCAUUCCAGCCGUCUUUUCCUCUCCCCUACUACCGUCUAGCAAACGAAGCGGAAACUUUAAACUUGCCCUAAACACAGAUUUCCCCGACCCGGCUUUCAUCCAGCAUACUGACGGAUCUUGGUACGCCUUUGGCACCAACAGUAAUGGAAAACGCAUCCAAGUCGCCCAUUCAAAUGACUUCGAGUCUUGGACCCUGCUUGAUUUAGAAGCUCUCCCAACACUGUCUGGCUGGGAGACGGAGGUGAACCACUGGGCUCCAGAUGUGAUUAGACGGUCUGAUGGAAACUACGUCAUGUACUAUUCCGCCGAAUACUCAGGUGGCAACGGACACCACUGCAUCGGAAUCGCCUUGGGCGGCACCAACCCUGCGGGCCCCUACAUUCCAGUGUCCAACACGCCAUUCACCUGCCCUCUCGACCAAGGCGGAGCGAUCGACGCCGCCGGCUUCCAAGACUCCGAUGGAUCUCGUUACGUGGUUUACAAAAUCGACGGCAACGGGGGCGACUGCGUCAACGGAGGUACGCUCGCUACUUCAACACCGAUUAUGCUCCAGCCAGUCAAAGACGACGGCGUCACAGCCGUAGGAAAUCCAACGCAGAUCCUUGACCGAGACGAAUCUGAAGGACCUCUGAUUGAAGCCCCCUACUUGACAAGGGACAGCGAAGGAACUUACAUCCUUUUCUAUUCGAGCCACUGCUUCAACGACCCGAAAUACGACGUCCGCUAUGCGACGGCGUCGAGUAUUGCAGGGCCUUAUACUAAGGCGGGAUAUUCCUUGGUCGCGUCGACUGACCAGGUGUCCGGGCCUGGCGGAGCCACGGUCAAUUCCGAGGGGAAGAUGUUGUUCCAUGGAUGGUGCAAUGGUAACAGUGCCAGGUGUAUGUAUUCUGCUCAUCUUGAGCUUGCCGGUAAGACGGUCACUCUGGCGUGA